AGGAGAGGAGCUGACUGCCGCCUUUGCCAUUUCCUAACAUUGCACCCCUCGCAGCCUCCUUCGCGAGAGGAGUCUCAGCCUCUUUUGCACGUCUUCGGAGGCAGAAUAAGCGGAUUCCUGUAGCCGAUACCCAGCGAGGAGGAUGCUGGGAUGAUGCAUGUUUUGAGCGUUACUGGGGCUCCGUCCGGACGAGUUUUUUUAUGGAUGAUGCACAAGAGGGGUUCCCGAUGUCUUUAUGUUUCACCCUGAUUUGGAAUCCCUCCAUCCCACCAGGAGAUCCAUGACCCGGUUUCUGUUGUACCGUUGUCAUCAUGUGCCCAGCAUCGGCUGCAACGGCCAGUGAAAGCAGCACCGCGACCGUCUCCGAAGAGGAGCAGGACAGUCCCCGGGAGGAGCAGCGGCCUCAGAAGCAGUCCUUGACUAAAUCCUUGUGUCAGGAAACUCACUGGAAAUGCCUGCUGCUGUCCCUGUUGAUGUAUGGCUGCGUCGGGGUGAUGGCCUGGUGCCAGGUGACCAAGGUCACGCGCCUCUCCUUCGACAACGCUUACAAGGGAAAGUCCAUGAUGUACCACGACAGUCCCUGCUCCAACGGCUACAUCUACAUCCCGUUGGCCUUCCUGGUCAUGCUCUACGUGGUCUACCUGGUGGAGUGUUGGCACUGCCAUACCAGGAAUGAGCUACAGUACAAGGUGGAUGUUGACAGUGUGACGGAGCGCAUCCAGCGCAUGCAGCAGGCUACGCCCUGUAUCUGGUGGAAGGCCAUUAGCUACCAUUAUAUCAGGAGGACGCGGCAGGUGACACGCUACCGUAAUGGAGAUGCCUACACCACCACGCAGGUCUACCAUGAGCGAGUCAACACCCACGUGGCUGAGGCAGAGUUUGAUUACGGGAACUGUGGGGUUAAGGACAUCGCAAAGAACCUGUUGGGUCUGGAGGACUUCCCCAUCACCAGGCUGAGGUUCACUAAGUGCUUUAGCUUUGCCAAUGUGGAGUCAGAAAACUCUUACCUGACCCAGCGGGCCAGGUUCUUCACAGAAAAUGAGGGCCUGGAUGACUACAUGGAGGCACGCGAGGGGAUGCACCUGAAGAAUGUAGACUUUAAGGAGUAUAUGAUUGCCUUUUGUGAUCCUAAUCACCUUCCCUGGUACGCAGCCAACUCCUCUUUCUGGGUGGCAGCUGCUUUCACGCUCUCCUGGCCUCUGCGGGUGCUGACAGAGUACCACACUGCCUGUGUACACUACCAUGUAGAGAAGCUGUUUGGCUUUGACUUUGUGCCAGUAAGCCCGUCUGAGGAGCGGCCACAAUGCAGACAGAUCCCACGAGUCAACACAAUCGACAGCACAGAGUUGGAGUGGCACAUCCGCUCCAACCAGCAGCUGGUGCCCAGCUACUCCGAGGCCGUUCUAAUGGAUCUGGCUCAGCUCUCAGGAAGCUGUAACAACUCCUCCGUAUGUGGAGGGUACGGCGGCUACAGGCAGAACUGUGAAUGCUGCCACCGUGCCAUCAGCAGCUCCUCCAUCUUCUCUCGCAGUGCACUCAGCAUCUGCAACACGGGAAGCCCCCGCAUCCCCUUCAGCGCCAGCCGCUUCUCGCUGGGUCGGUUGUACGGAUCCAGGCGGAGCUGUCUGUGGAGGAGCAGCGGGAGCCUGAACGAGCGGCCCUGCCCCACAGAGAGCACGCACUGCCUGUCAGGUCAGCAGACAAGUGAGGAGAACCCUCCAGCCUACCAGGACGCUCUGUACUUCCCAGUGCUCAUUGUGCAUCGCAACGAAGGCUGCCUCAACCACGACCACCGCUCCCUGCACAGAAACGGCUCCUGCGUGGAGACUUCUCUAUGACCCACAGCUGCAGACUUAUCUGACCACGGGAUGUAAUGAUACAGGAACAGAGGGAGGAAACUCUGGCUUCUGCUCAUCCCUUUUCCAAUAGAGGGAAAUUAGUCACCUGCAAGUUACCACAAAAAGGAUUUUGUUUAAGUUUUGGAAAAUACUGUAGCCAGAAAGAGGAUAUCUGGGAAAGUCCUUCAGUACAGUCAAUAAGUCAGGGAAAAAGUUGACGUUAUCGUGAGAGACUUGUUAAAAUAUAAUAAGGCUUCAAUUGACCAAAUUGCCAAAAAGUCACGUACUGUCCUACAGCGUCCACACGGACAAGAGUCAAAUAACCCAGGAAUACCGAGGAGAGUCACAUCCUACUGUAAAUGCCAUAUUUGUAGAUCUUAGUCUAGUCAGAGACAAGGACAUGAGUAACACCAGUAUUUGGAGCCUAACAUAUAUAUAUAUAUUUUAAAUGAAUGGACAACUGAAUGAGAAAUUAGGAAAUAUUAAUAAAAUCUUUGACUCACUCAUCAUGUGAGUCAUGGGAAUUAGGUGAAUUAUGAGAGGAAUUGCAGAGUUAUCAGCCAACAUAUUUGAGCUGAGACCAAAUACAAGUUAACUUUGGCCCAAAUAUAAAAUAUAAACAUCUGCAUGUGUAACUUUUUGAUACAUGGCUAAUUUAAAUCUGUUCAUUCAAAGUCAAUGCUAAUGGGAAUCUAUUCAGAAUUCAGAAAGGAAUCAAUUUCCAUAGUAUGAAAAUAAUUGUCUGAUGUAGAUGCUGAAAUAUCAAGUUAGCAGAAAUUGGCUUGGCUGCGAUGACAUUAUACUUACUGGCUUUCUAAAUAUAGCGACACAGUCGAUGAAUAAUUUAGCACAGGAGAGCUAAAGGACACAAUAACUUAAAACUGAAUCAACAACACCUCUUCAAACUGUUAAUGAACUGUUAUAAACUGCACAUUUUCUAUAAUGGCCAACUGCAUCGUAAUAAACCUCACCACGAUAUUAAUAGAUCAGUGUCAACUCUGCUAGAUUAAAAUGUGAAAGAUGCAUUUAGUUUAAUAUUCAGUCAUAUUUCCAUUCAGCCUUCCUUAUUUAAGUGCCUAGCGAUCAACCGUUACUGACGAGCAUGAGCUAUCAUAAUUAAAGUCAUCUCAACUCACCAUCCUCCCAUUAAAACAAGUUGCAUUUACACUCACAAUAACACAUGGAA